AUGGUUGACAUUGGACUGAUUGAAAAUCAUUACAUCCCGGGAUUAAAGCAAGCAACAGCAAGCCUACAGAACCAGCCGUUUAGUUUGAAGCUCGAGCCUCCGGCCAAACUUGGUUUAUUCUCAACUGCCGCUGAUUUUGCCCCUUAUCCGUCGACGUCGAGCGGUCAAGGUCCGCUCGGUGUUGACAACUAA